CUUGAAUGACGUGGCGAACAGACUGACCGAGAUCUCGCGUUUUGAUCUCUGGCAUGUCAACCUUCUCUGCUGGGCAGCGUCUUCGUAUCUUCAAUCCUGGACGCCACAUCUCCCCUCAUUUUCCACAAGAGACUGCGUUGAACGGCGACUGGCGGGGGAAGCAAAAGUCCGUUUUCUGUCGAAUCAUUCAUGUCGACAAUUUUGUACAAGGCUUACAGCCACAACUACUUUGACAGCAUUCAUGCAUAGCUCGGAAAGAGCGUGCUUUUGCGUCACUUCCCCUCCGUGGCUUUUGUUCAUUUAGGAGUCGGCAUGCAUGCGGCCCCGAACCGAUGAUUGUUGAGCCGAGGAAAGCACGAAUUUCCACUGGAUCAUCACUCGGUCUGAUUCACAUUGGGCCUUCCAUCUUCUUUUUUGCCGCGAACGACGCGUAAUGCCAGCCAAAAAAGGAAAAAUACCCCCGGAAUCACCCAGAGGCCCCAGACUCCCUUAAAUUAAGCUGGAGGCUGUCGGCUGGUAUUAACAUGAUCCUUCAAUCCUGGCUGUCAGCCCCGUUCCGAUAUUCAGCUCAAACCCAGUAUGUUUUGUCAUGCCCUCACCAGAGUACUCCAGUUGUUUUUCCUUUCCGAGCUCGACGCCGUUGCGAACCAAAAGGCUUCUCGCUUGAUGCGUCGACGCAGCUUCACCGGGCUGCUACUUCCCGUUGCUUCCCCCUUCUUUCACUUUCGUGUGGGGGUACACCAUCACUUCGAUUGAUCACAACUUUCUUUCGGACAAAUACCUAUGGGUGUCCUAGGCCUAGGUUUCUUCCCAGUACUGGUACAAGAGGCUGGAGUCUGGAAGCGUCUCGACAGAAUGCGGGCUUUCGUCCGCAUCUUCUGACUUUCCUUGCUGAGUCGCCUGUUUUCUUUUGAAGCAUUUCCUCCGCGCUCUUUUCCGUGUGGAAGACGUCUAUUUCUUUGCGAAUCCCGGCAGCCACGCCCUUUGUUUCUGCAGUCUUUGCCUCACUUUAGACAUCAGUCUGUUUCUCCGUCUCCCUUUGCAAGUGCAUCCGGCGGGCUCCGCUCACACUCCUGCGUCUCCCGCUGCGGGGAGUGUAUAGUAUGUGCCUAGGCACCAGUACCAAGCCUCCUCCUCCACAUAGAUUCGAUGGAAAACUCAACACUGGCAUGUUCGGUUAACAUUUAGCUGCGAAUAUACAACUGUCCACGGUCGGAACUGAACCGCGUCGUUCUCUCAGCUUCCAGUUGCAGAGCCGUUCCUCGAUCUUCCUUCUUUCCUUGCCGCUUCCUCAUUCUGCGGUUCCAGCCUCUCUCCGAUGGUAGAUGCCUCCGAAGGUUCCUCGAAGGAGGAGGAAGCGGGGCAUGUCCCGCAUGUGGAGGUCGAGAGUGCAAGGAAUUGUGGGGAAGCAUGGACGAAAACGCGCUCUUCCCCCUUCACGUCUGUGUGGCAUAUCUCCGGCGAGACCGGGGCAGCCGCUGGGCAUUGCCGCGAGGGGUCUCUGCACAAGUUGAUUGCCACCAACAACAUUUCGGGCGUCCGGCUCUGGCUGUCCAAUCCAUUCUGCAGGAGCAUGAUCAACGAUCUAAACCAUGCGGGAGAAACGCCGCUGCAUGUCGCGGUCCAGUGCUGCAGUCCUCGGAUCCUGUCGUUGCUGCUGGACCCGCCGCCUCUUCAGAUUUCGCCUUCGUUGCUCGCUUCAUGUUCCCUUCGACUGCCUCGGCCACUCGCUGGCACAGCGGAGCCGCCGUCUGGUGCCCCAGCGUCGUCGAACGAGGGAGCGCCUCUCGGGGGCUCCGCUGAGGAAGUUGCAGACGCCGGCGUGGCUUCCUUAAAGACGCAGCAGCCUUUUUCUGCGGAAACAGCCAUCAGCAGCGUUGUUGCAACGGAUGCUGCAGCCGCAUGCGAUCAGUUGGCGAUGGCCGCGGCAGCCCGUGUGGAUUUCAGCCUCUCAGUUGAUGGCAUUCCUACACUGCACUUGUUGAUUGGGCGUACGGCCUUUGGAGGCGCGAGGGGCGAAGACGCCAUGGAGUGCCUGAAACGUAUUUUGCUCCACAUCGGGCGGUUCCAGCCCGGUGCAGCUGACCGGUGCCCACGGUGCUCGCCUGGGAAGACGAAGCCGACCGCAUGCGGUCGCGAGCGGAGUGGCGUGAAGGCGGAGUCUGUCGCUUUUGAAUGCGGGGACCAUGUUUCAGAUCCUCAGGCGGGUGGCCUCAGGGAAUCCCAAAUUUCGCAUCCUGGCCUGGGAGGGCAGCAAGAGUAUGGCUGCCAGUGUUGCGGCGGAACGUUGGGGUCUCUGGAUUCGCGAAGAAAAAAAGAAAUGCGCGAGGCCCGGGACAGGGUGUGCUGUCCGGAGGUGUUCACCGUGGAGAGACAAACCUCCGCCGCAGACAGCGUUAUGCUAGACUUGGAGGAAAUGGACCUGCAGGGCCGAACUGCUCUUCACCUCGCCUGUUCCUUCGGAGUUAGUCCGGUGGCGGAGCUGCUGCUGCAUGCAGGGGCGUCGCCCUGGGCGCGGCGCCUCGGCCUCGGCCAGCUCCCCAUCCACUCGGCUAUCGACGCAGACGAUCCAGCUUGUUGCCUCCUUCUUCUCCGGCACACAUUGCCCUGUAGGUUUUUCGUGAAUUUCUCAUGUAUCUGCGGAAGACGCUGCGACAGCGGCGCCACUGGUGGGCGGCAAGCCCCUGUCAACACGCUGGCGCUGAAACGCUCGCCUGCAGCCACCAAGUUCGUUUUCCAGCUUGUUCGCCGCUGCGUCAGACGCGGCGCCUGGAGGUGCUUCCGGGCGCUGCUGCUGUACCCGACGGAGAGCUCUGCGUGUUUCUCAGGAUCGGUUGAGGGCGGUGACAAAGCAGAAGGCCUGCAGCCGGGGGGAAGUAACAGUGCAGCGUCGCGUCGGUGUGAAGUGGAGAAUUUGGGCAGGAAAGAGGACGCAUGUGAGAGGCAGGGGGGCAGGGUUCGGUGUGUGACUAAAGACGUUGCGGCCUCUUGGUGUUCGGGAUUGCAUGGGCUUCUGGAUGGCGAGGUUCGCGCCUGGCUUUACCUUAGAGAAGAGGCGCGAAGGGCAGGCGCUCUGCUCGACUUGAAAGAGCAGCUGCAGCGCGUUGUGACGACGAGUCCCGCAUGCUGUCAAGCGGCCGCCGCUUCCUGGACUGCUGUUCCGGCUUCACCAUGCGAUGGUCACAAGUUCGGUGUGAAGAGCGAGAGCGAAACCGGACUGCUGCUGUCGCUUUUUGGAACCCAUGGCGAUGCGGAAGGAAAGACUGCCAAGCGAGGGGAAGGCCGGACCAUGGUCGUCACCCAUGCGUUAUGUUUGGAGCACCUGCCUCUUCCUGAGCCUGCUGACAUGCCUUUGAAGAGACACAAACUCAUGCAGAGAUUCCCGGAGAAUCCGAGUCGAUUGGAGGUUGUCACCUCAGAUCGGUGUGGUAUACUCCGGACGCGUGAGUUUUCUCCACUGCUCUGGAUGGACGAUCCAAUGCCUGCGUCUCUGUCGGACAUCUUGAGGGUCCACUCCAUGUCCUACAUCGCCCGCCUCAAGCUCAGAGUGGAGGAUGCGUUCGGCAUCAGCACGCGAUUGCCUUCACUCUCCCCUCCUCUUUCGUACGCGCCCGGCCAGACGGCGGCGGCUGCGACCGCUACAGGGGCAGAGGCUUUGGCUGCCGCUGCUGCAGCAUUAGAUUCGAAGUUGCAGAAGGAACAAUAUGAAAAACAGAAGCGCCAGCAGAUCGAGAACGUCGGCUCUGCAGGCCGGUACAGCUUUGUUUUCGCUGAUGGAGAUACUCCGGUCACCUGCUUUAGCUGGGCCGCAGCAGUCCACGCGGCUGGUGCGGUCAUUGCGGCGGUGGACGCCGUCUGUGAGAGGAAAUGCAGAAACGCCUUCUGUGCUGUUCGACCUCCUGGGCAUCACCUCGGCAACUGGGGAGCUGCUCAAACUGCGUCGAACCAGCUCACAGAUGAAGAUAUCGCGGCAGGGAGCCAGGGCUUCUGUUUGCUGAACAACGUAGCCAUCGGUGCGGCGUAUGCAAAGUACAAUUAUGCGAGAAAAGGGAUCCGGCGAAUCGCCAUUGUCGACUUCGAUGUUCACCACGGCAACGGGACUGAGCAAAUUAUCCGGAAUGUCGGCAUGAAAAUUCGGAAAGUGAAGCAACCUCAGGGCGCGGCUCUCCGUCUGUACAGGCGGGCAGCAGACGAGCUUCGAGGCACCUCCACACUGGUAUCAAGUAACUUGUCACGGGAUGCGCCGGCGGCUGGUGAUAACUCUGCUCAUUGUGGUCCGGACCCGUGUGAAGUGGACGCCACCGGUUCUGAGAAAACACCUUCGCAAGGCUACCACGUGGGAGAUGGGGGGAAAGUCUCGGCAGCGCUGCCGCCGCAGCUUGCAGGCCCCGUGGACGUUCCCCAAUGGAUGGGUUGGCGGGACGAGCGAGAUGCAGAAGAGCUUUUCUUCGCUUCCAUCCACGCCUUUGAUGGAACCUUCUAUCCGGGAACAGGAGCAGACUGCGAAGAUUUCAGCGGACCCGUGGUGAUUAACGUGAACAUUUUGCCUCACCCAACCGGCCCCUCCCUCCACAAAUGUUGCCGGUGUCAGAAGUGCUCUGGAAGGCCCUGCGCUGGGGGUGCCCACCGCCGUUGUCCCCGCGGCCGAGAUGCAGGCGUCAGUUACGCAAAUGCCUCUCCGAUGGAGGUGGAAAUGGCCGCGCGCACGCCUGAUGUCCCAGUGCAGGUCUCGUGGUCUUGUCACUUUUGUCGCCAUCCGACUCUCGCUCCUUCGUCUGUCGCCGCAAGGAGACUGUUCUUAAAGCGAAUCAUCCGCCCCCUUCUUCGUUUUGGUCCCGACCUGCUCUUCAUAUCAGCAGGUUUCGACGGCCAUGCCCAAGACCAAAUUGGGGGAGCGUUUGGAGGUUUCGCAGAAGAAGAUUUCCGGUUUUUCACGCAUGCACUGGUGCGAUGUGCGGAGCGCACUUGCGAGGGGCGUGUUGUAAGCGUGUUGGAAGGCGGAUACAGCGUCAGCGGUGGCGUUUCGAGCACGUUAGCUGCUUCCGUGAAAGAGCAUCUCAGAGGCCUCAUGAGGACACCCGCCGGCGGGUCUUGCUUUGCGGGUGCCCUCGGGAGCGAGCAGCCUGGUAAUGAAGCGCAUGAGGCCGCACCUAGAGAAUCUUCGCUUUCUUUCCCAGGAAAAAACGGAUGGGAAGAAGACAUCGAGGUCGGCGAUGCAGCCACCAGCGACGUCACAGCAAGCGACGUUGAGGAGAGCUGGCAGUUGAUCGAAGGAGAGAACACAGGGAUGGACGGCGCGGACAGCAGCGACGCUCUUUUGGACGAAGGCAGCAGGAGGAACGGUUCGGACGACGGCCCAAGUGCCGACGCCCUCAGUCACAGGCGUCCGAGAGAAGCAAAAACACUCGAUGGAUGCGCGUCCCCUGGUCCGCACUCGUCAACCGAGACUGCAAGCGAAGCCAGCGGUCACUGCGAGCGGGAGCACUCUGCAGAUUUCCCGCCUGGCGCGGACGCGUGUCGGUCUCGUGGCACGGAACACAGGUCUCCGACGAACGCCUUUGCCUCCUCUGCAAGUGCGCCGAGCGCGCAACGAUACGGCGAUUCAGCAACAGUGAACAACAACGACCUUCUCACGCUGCGAGCUUUGUGCCGCGGAACCGAUGGCUGUCUGCGAUGAAGCGACGAUGGGGCCGGUGCGCGGGUGAACCUAAUGCGUGCAACCGUUUUUCGCGUGUCGCUCCGGGAUCAACCGGCUUCUCGUUUCGAGGGUGACGUCAGAGGAUCAAGAACAACGGCUCACAGACCGCACUGAGAAAUCCUCUGGACACUAUUUUCCGCCCUCGACGGUUCGCAUCAGGCCUUUCUCUUUUCCAAAUGGAUAGCUUUGAACACUUUUGUUGCCGGGCAUGAUGCGGUAAAGAUUUGCACUGCUCGUGUUCCUGCGUAGCUGGCUGCAGAGAGUUUCAGUGGAACCUUCUUGGAGGUCACCCACGGCUCCCUUUUUGGCAGUUAAAUAACUGUAACUCCAGUUACACAGUCCUCGGGUCCUGUGAAUCAAACUAUCACGCCUCGCAUCGAGCUCACCAGCGAUGAAAGCGAAGCGUCACUUGAGGAUGGAGGCGUGGGAAGGUCUGCGCGCCGGGUCGUCCUUCGUGCUUUGUACGAAAAAGCCUUCCUUCGAAUCUGUUUUGCCACAGGUUUGCGCGUAGCCGUGCGUCCGUGUACGACUGCUAAGAUUGAGAGUCGGGGCUGCCGCGUUUUUGUAUGUAUGCUACCGGCUGACUCUGUGGCCUCCAGAGAAAGAGUCACGAGACAGGUCAAUAGCGUCUGCUGGUUUCUGUGCGGGCUAUGAUGUCACUGAUUUUUUGGCGAACAUUAUCAAAGUGCGGACAUUCUGUUUCAAACUCAGUGUUUUCUAGAUGUUUAAGUGACCCGCGAGGCCCGAAGGUGUGCAAGGGUUAGCCGACUUGGUGUCCUGUGGGUUGCCGUUCAACUUCAGCACAAUUCGCAUCGCUAGCGCCAGUGAAGUUACAUGGGGAAUGGCGCGCGACACGAUUGUUGCGUCUCGCUCAGACGAAUGAAUUCCAGGCCAGAUAUAUGAUACGCUAGUUUGUGUAGUUGCGGCAAAACAAGCAACAUCAAACAGACGUUUCAAACGACAACGAUCAAUAAACAAUGCCGCUUUCG